AUGGCUGGUGGAACUGCUUACUACGUGAUUGCAGUUUGCGGAAAGAUGUUAACGUUGAACUUGUUGCCAUCAAUUAAAUCACAGCUUGCGCUUGCAACCUUUUCAACACUCGGUCUCGGAAUUUUUGCUGCAAGAAAAUGGCAAGCCAGAAAAUCCAGUCCUCUAACUACUCCACCCAUCAAUUCCUCCUCGCCAGAGGAGGAGGCCUUUAUUCAGGAAUUCAUAAAGAUUGCGGAAGAAGAUGAGAAAAAACAUCAUUGA